UCACCGCCGACGCUAAUCAUGUUCGCCUCAUUAGGCUCUCCUACGCGAGGCCUCGCCAUUCUGUUGGGCCUUUCCUUGGAUUUGGCGGCUAUGUUUCCCGGCGCUGAGGCGGUAGCAUCGCAGACUUAUGCCUGGAACAAUGUCAAAAUUGGUGGUGGGGGUGGCUUCGUUCCCGGAAUUGUCUUCAAUCCGUCGAAGAAAGGCUUAGCUUACGCUCGAACUGAUAUUGGAGGCGCAUAUCGACUCAACUCGGACGAUACCUGGACUCCGUUGACCGACUUCGCCAACGACACUACGUGGAAUCAAUGGGGCAUAGAUGGACUUGCCACGGAUCCUGUCGAUACUAAUCGUCUUUACCUGCUGACGGGCAUGUACACGAACUCCUGGGACCCGAGUGAUGGUCACAUUCUAGCGUCGGCAGAUCAAGGAGCCACUUUCACAGCCUACGGUCUACCGUUCAAGGUCGGGGGUAACAUGCCCGGCCGCGGAAUAGGAGAACGACUUGUCGUAGAUCCUCAUGCCAACAACAUCCUAUUUCUAGGCGCUCGCAGUGGAAACGGUCUUUACAAGUCCACCAACUAUGGUGAGACAUGGGCGAAGGUCACCUCCCUACCGAAUGCCGGAACCUAUGCGCCUGAUCCCACGGAUACUACUGGUUAUAACAAUGACCCUAUCGGCGUUGCGUGGAUCACCUUCGACUCGACCAACGGUACAGCUGGAACUGCCACUCAGCGCAUCUUCGUCGGUGUUGUCAGUAACGGAACGGACAAUGUCUUCAUGUCGAAUGAUGCCGGCUCCACCUGGAGUGCCAUCCCCGGGCAGAACACCCAAUUCUUCCCGCAUAAGGGUGUCCUUUCGCCGGCGGAGAAGACACUGUACAUUUCUUACUCGGACGGUGCUGGACCGUACGAUGGCACUAAUGGAGCCGUCUACAAAUACGACAUCACCUCCGGCAAUCUCACUGACAUUACUCCCGUCUCCGGAAGUGACCUUUACUUCGGUUUCGGCGGUGUGGCCGUAGACUACCUCGCUCCCGGCACGAUCAUGGUGGCGGCACUCAACAGUUGGUGGCCAGAUGGCCAAAUAUUCCGGAGCAAGGACUCUGGUGCAACCUGGUCGGCCCUUUGGACCUGGGGAAACUACCCGGAUAUCAAUAAGAACUACGCCUUCACGGAUACCCUCGCUCCAUGGCUCGGUCCCGAUUCUACAGUCACCACAUUGGGAACUCUGCAAAUUGGGUGGAUGAUGGAAAGUCUGGUCAUCGACCCCUUUGACAGCGAUCACUGGUUGUAUGGGACAGGUGCAACAAUUCAGGGUGGGCAUGACCUCACGAACUGGGACACCAAGGGGAACGUAUCUCUCCAGAGUUUGGCAGAUGGUAUUGAGGAGACAUCCGUACAGGCAUUGAUCUCGCCACCGAGCGGCCCCCCUUUGAUUUCGGCCGUCGGCGACGAUUGUGGUUUCGUACACACGUCACUCACAACUGCUCCUUCGACCGAAUUCGAAACGCCUAAUUGGGCCACAACUCCCGACAUCGACUACGCAGGUAAUGAACCGACAAAUAUUGUCAGGAUUGGCAACACUGCUGGCUCCACCGACAUACAGAUCGCUCUGAGUACUGACUCCGGUAACACUUGGAAUAUCGACUACGGAGGUGCCGCUGGAGUCUACGGCGGGAAGGUUGCUCUGAGCGCUGACGGAGACACUGUACUGUGGAGGACCGCAUCUGGCAACGGCGUCAUGGUCUCCCAAUACACCAGCAGCUUCACCGCAGUCCCCUCCCUUCCGUCUGACGCCAUUAUCGCCUCCGACAGAAGGAACAACUCUCUAUUUUAUGGUGCAUCCACCUCUCAAUUCUAUGUCUCUCCCACAGGCGGCAAGACGUUCACUACCGCAGGUACUCUUGGGACGACUUCUGCGCCUGUAAAGAUAGUUGUUCACCCGAAUGUUACGGGUGAUAUAUGGGUAUCUUCGGAUGCGGGUUUGUUCCAUUCGACAGACUCCGGAAACUCUUUUGUUGCGUUGAGUGGUGUUACGAGUGCAUACGGCCUGGCGCUUGGUGCUGCGAAGACCUUGGGUGGAUACCCAUCCGUGUUCAUUGGUGGGACGAUCAGUGGAACGACUGGUUACUUUAGGACUGACGACCAAGGAGUAAAUUGGGUUCAGAUCAACGACGCUGCUCACGGUUUUGGCUCUGUCUCUGCAAAUGUUCUCGCUGCCGAUCAGAAGGUUUACGGCCGUGUCUACGUUGGUACCAAUGGUCGUGGUAUCUUCUACGGAGACGCUUCCGGUGCAGCCCCUGCUCCCACUUCUACGGCUGCGUCUAGUACGGCCUCAAGCACCAGUGCUGUAUCUACUACCGGUGUAAAGACUACUCCAACCGCCACAUCUACAUCCAGUUCAUCUUCGCAAACUGCGGCAACCACGACCUCGACGGCUACUGGGGCGACCCAAACCACCUACGGACAAUGUGGUGGAACGGGAUGGACAGGACCCACGGUGUGUGCAAGUGGAAGUGCUUGCACUGUAAGCAACGCCUAUUACUCUCAAUGUAUUCCGACCUAAGCUGCUUCGCGAAAACAUUGUCUUGCCUUGGGGUUGUCGUGCUCUGUGUAAAAUACAUCAAAAACGUACGAGUGUGGGCCACUGUCUCUCAAUCGAUUGUGUGCGUUACGCUGUCCCACCAAUUGGGUUAUUCGUACGUUCCUCUUCCCAUACAUUGAAGAAUCUCCUUCGAUCGACCACACGAACACCACGGCAGCUGGUGAGAUCCAACUUUGCCAGUCUUGGACACGCAUCGAUGAUGGGAUACAGGCCUUCGUUGGUGAACUUCGUGCCGGCCAACUCUAAAACCUCCAACGAAGUGCACGCCGCGAUAUACUCUGUCGCGUCAUCUGAAACGGCGGUGUUAUUAAGGAUCAACUCUUGCAGUCGGGGUGGCUCCUGGAUAUCGACAUCGGCAUUCUCUUCGGCUGGCAUCAGUAGGCCAGCAAGGUGUGCUGACUGCAGUCUUGUUAUAUUCGCGAGGUUUAAUCGCUUCAAUUUCCUUCCAACACGGCCUAUGAAAUCCUCCAACGCCCCUUCUUUUCGACUCCUCGUCAUGCCCAACUUCGCAUUGCCGACCAAGCUUAUACUCUCAAGGUAUUCGAGCUCUACAAGAACAUACGUCAGGUCCUGUAAACCUUGGUCAUCCAAGGUCAUAGCAGUUGAAUUGCCCAUCGAAGAAGACUUUCCCGGGCUUCCCGUACCAAGAGCAUCGAUGCUCAAGGAGCGCAGACGAGGAAGGUGAGAUACGACAAGGAGAAGGUCGUCCAUCGAAAUAGCCGUCGAGGUGAGUGAUAGUUUCUCCAGCGGAGGAACAUAAAGAAGAUCGUUCACAUAUGGUGGACGACGAACACCUGUAAAGGCGAGAUUGAUACUGCUGCACGCAGGGCACAU